GCGGCUCGGCGGGUCCGCGGCGGGGCCAUGGCGGACCUGGAGGCGGUGCUGGCGGACGUGAGCUACCUGAUGGCCAUGGAGAAGAGCCGCGCCGCGCCCGCCGCCCGCGCCAGCAAGAGGAUCGUCCUGCCCGAGCCCAGCAUCCGCAGCGUCAUGCAGAAGUACCUGGAGGACCGGGGAGAGGUGACCUUUGACAAGAUCUUCACGCAGAAGAUCGGCUACCUGCUCUUCCGUGACUUUGCCUUCAACCAGGCCGAGGAGGCCAAGCCUCUGAUGGAGUUUUAUGAGGAGAUCAAGAAGUACGAGAAGCUGGACUCGGAGGAGGAACGAGCCGCCCGGAGCCGCCACAUCUUCGACCAUUACAUCAUGAAGGAGCUGCUGGCCUGCUCCCACCCCUUCUCCAAGAGCGCCACGGAGCAUGUCCAGAGCCGCCUGAGCAAGAAGCAGGUGCCCCCAGAUCUCUUCCAGCCUUACAUUGAGGAGAUCUGCCAGAACCUGCGAGGGGGCAUCUUCCAGAAAUUCAUCGAGAGUGACAAGUUCACGCGGUUCUGCCAGUGGAAGAACGUGGAGCUGAACAUCCAUCUCACCAUGAACGACUUCAGCGUUCACCGAAUCAUCGGCCGCGGCGGUUUCGGGGAGGUCUACGGCUGCCGGAAAGCAGACACGGGCAAAAUGUACGCCAUGAAGUGCUUGGACAAGAAGCGCAUCAAGAUGAAGCAGGGCGAGACGCUGGCCCUCAACGAGCGCAUCAUGCUGUCCCUCGUCAGCACCGGGGACUGCCCGUUCAUCGUGUGCAUGUCGUACGCCUUCCACACGCCCGACAAGCUCAGCUUCAUCCUCGACCUCAUGAACGGGGGGGACCUGCACUAUCACCUGUCCCAGCACGGCGUCUUCUCGGAGGCGGAGAUGAGGUUCUACGCCGCCGAGAUCAUCCUGGGCCUGGAGCACAUGCACAGCCGCUUCGUCGUGUACCGUGACCUCAAGCCAGCAAACAUCCUCCUGGACGAGUUCGGGCACGUCCGCAUCUCCGACCUGGGCCUGGCCUGCGACUUCUCCAAGAAGAAGCCCCACGCCAGCGUGGGCACCCACGGGUACAUGGCACCGGAGGUGCUGCAGAAGGGGGUGGCGUACGACAGCAGCGCCGACUGGUUCUCCCUGGGCUGUAUGCUCUUCAAACUGCUCCGGGGGCACAGCCCGUUUCGGCAGCACAAGACAAAGGACAAGCACGAGAUCGACCGGAUGACCCUCACCAUGGCUGUGGAGCUGCCGGACUCCUUCUCCCCGGAGCUGCGCUCUCUGCUGGAGGGGCUGCUGCAGCGGGAUGUCAACCGGCGCCUGGGCUGCAUGGGGCGUGGGGCUCAGGAGGUGAAGGAGGAGCCCUUCUUCAAGGGCCUGGACUGGCAGAUGGUUUUCCUGCAGAAGUACCCGCCGCCCCUCAUCCCGCCCCGCGGCGAGGUGAACGCGGCCGACGCCUUCGACAUCGGCUCCUUCGAUGAGGAGGACACCAAGGGCAUCAAGCUGCUGGAGAGCGACCAGGAGCUGUACCGCAACUUCCCACUCACCAUCUCGGAGCGCUGGCAGCAGGAGGUGACCGAGACCGUCUUCGACGCCGUCAACGCCGACACCGACAAGCUGGAGGCCCGCAAGAAAGCCAAGAACAAGCAGCUGGGCCACGAGGAGGAGUACGCCAUGGGCAAGGACUGCAUCAUGCACGGGUACAUGGCCAAGCUGGGCAACCCCUUCCUGACGCAGUGGCAGCGCCGCUACUUCUACCUCUUCCCCAACCGCCUCGAGUGGCGCGGGGAGGGCGAGUCGCCGUCCCUGCUCACCAUGGAGGAGAUCGACUCGGUGGAGGAGACGCAGGUGAAGGAGCGCAAGUGCAUCCUGCUCCGCAUCCGCGGGGGCAAGCAGUUCGUGCUGCAGUGUGAUAGCGACCCCGAGCUGGUGCAGUGGCGGAAGGAGCUGCGGGACGCGCAGCGCCAGGCGCAGCAGCUGCUGCAGCGGGUGCCCCGCAUGCAGAACAAGCCCCGCUCGCCCGUGGUGGAGCUCAGCAAAGUGCCGUUCAUCCAGCGCUCCCCCAACGGGCUCUGACCCGCUCCUGGCGUCCUUUUCCCCCUUCCCACCCCGCCUCUAAUUUAUUGGGUUGGGUUCCCGCGUGUCCUCCCGUGUCUCCUGGGGCUGGU